AUUUACUACUCCAUAUAAAAGGUACUUGUAUAUACUCGAAUACGUCAUGUUAGUAACAAUAAAAUAAAAUAUACACUAUUUUAUUAUUGCAUGAUAAAAAAAAGUUGUAAUUUUUUUAUUUAUAAAUUAAGAAAAAUUAAAAAUCACACAUUAGUGGAAAAAAAAAAAAAAAUUUCCCUCCAAUUAAUUUGUCUAAACCAUCCUCCCGCCAGUCGCCGCCCUCCACCACUUUGAACAACCACUUUACCCCCCCUUUUCUUCCAAUCCAAAAAAAACCCUAAUUUUUAUCACUGAAAAUAUUCGCACAAUUUUGAUUUAAUAGUCCCUCUAAUUAUUAUCUGGAAAAUCCCUAAAAUUUUCAAUCUUAGUUCGAUUUUCCCAUUACUUGACUACUUGGAUCCAAUCACUACAUCAAUUCUACAGUAUCAGUUUUGGUCGAAUCGUUUCUAUCUUAGUGUUUUUUCUUACUUGCAGAAACGCUGGAAAUUUCGAAUCUUGAAGAUGGGAGAUUCUAGGGAGGCAUCUCCUGAUUGGUUGCGUUCUUUUCAGGCUCCUACUCAAUCUAUCACAACUUUGUCAUCUGAUUCUGAGCCUUCUAGUGACAAAAGCCCUGCAAGAGACGAUAAUGAUACAAAGCAUAGAACAUCAGACAUAUUAGAGGAAGAUGGGGAAGAGGAUGAAAAAAACUGCAAUAUUUCCCUGAAGACUCAUACCAAGAAGUCGUCUAACAAGAAGUCACCUGACAAGAAGACAACUAAGAAACGAUUGAAAGCUGGUGAUGAAACAACUGCCAAAAGGAUUAAAACAGAAAAAAGAGGGAGUGAAGAUAAUGAAAAUGUUAAGAAGGAAGAAAUAUCUGAUAAUUCGACAGAAACUCCUGCAACUGCACCAAUUCAUUCAAUUUGUGAUCUGUCAUCAGAUUCUGAAUCCAAUUUAGAUGCAACUAUGAGGGAAAAGAAAGAGAAAGAUGAGGAUGAGGAUGAUGAUGAUGACACUGCCCUCAUAAGUACAGUCAUAGGAAAAUCUACAAAGAAACAGAUGAAACAGGAAGAUGUUCAACUGACAGAGAAGAAAACUCAUGAGCCUGUGAAAAUGGAAGGCGAAGUUGGCAAUAUGGAUAUCGCAGAGGAAAACAAACUUGAGAAGCAAACUGAAGCUGCAGUUAGCUCCUCUACUUUGCCUUUGAUACUGCCUGAUAAAGUACAUCGCUCUAAGGCACUUGUUGAGUGUGAAGGUGAAUCAAUUGAUUUGAGUGGUGAUAUGGGUGCUGUUGGACGAGUAAUUAUUUCAGAGACUCCUUCAAAAGAAUCUGAAAUGUUUCUAGAUUUAAAAGGAACCAUAUACAAGACUGUAAUAGUUCCUUCAAGGACAUUCUGUGUGGUUAGCAUUGGUCAGUCUGAGGCCAAGAUAGAGGCCAUCAUGAAUGAUUUUAUUCAGCUAAAACCACAAUCAAAUGUUUAUGAUGCUGAGACUAUGGUUGAAGGAACACUGGAAGGGUUCAACUUUGACUCAGAUGAUGAGACUGAUAAGAUGAUCAAGGAUGUCAAAGGUGAUCAGAAUGAAGGUGAAGAGAAACCUAACAAGAAAACUAAAGGAAAAGCGGAGAAAAAACCGGCUGCGACAAAAAAGAAGGGGAAAGAUGUAGGAGGGAAGCAGCCGAAGAAAAGGAAACCUCAGGCACCAAAGAAAGGCAAGGCUAAGAAGUAAAUUAUGAGAUUUGUUUUUCUGGUUAUAGGUUGUACACCAGUUAGGAUAUAUUCUUGUAGUUGCCAGGAUAAACCAAGAUAGUCUAAUUUUUGAUUAGUUUGAUCAAAGUUGUAGGAUAUUUAUCCUGUGUUCCCUUGUUUUUAUUUAUUGAAUGUGAUAACAAUUUUCAUAAUGAAAGAGAACACUGAUACAUAUUAUAUUAUAAAA